AUGACCAAGGUUGACGGACAAGCCCUCGCUGCCAAGGCUAUCGCUGCGCGCGAUGCCACCAUCCCCAAGGAGUACCUCCUCCCCAAGUCGGCGUACCCGCUCCCGAAGAACCGUCGGGGGCUGCUCGAGAGCUCGGGCAUCAUGAAACCCAGGGAGCUCGAGAUUGUCGACCUGACCAUGAUCCCGCUGGCCAAGGCCAUUGCCGACAAGAAGUACACGGCUGUCGAGGUUGCUACGGCGUAUUGCAAGGCCGCAGCGAUUGCGCAGCAGGCCACCAACUGCGUCCUUGAGUUGUUCCAGGACGAGGCGCUUGCCGAGGCGAAGAAGCUCGACGACUACCUCGAGAAGAACGGCAAGACUGUCGGGCCACUGCACGGUGUUCCCAUCUCGAUCAAGGACCACAUUCGCCAGAAGGGCCACGCCGCCCCAUGUGGGUUCCUGUAUGCAGUCGACCAGAUUGCCGAGGAGGACUCGCACCUCUUUAAGAUCCUCCGUGAGGCCGGUGCCGUGCCCUACGUCCGCACCAUCAACUGCCAGGCCGUAAUGCACCUCGAGUGCCGCUCAGCCUGGGGGGAAACUCUCAACCCAUGGAACGUCGACCUCGUGCCCGGUGGAAGCACGGGCGGUGAGGGCGCUCUCAUCGCGAUGCGGGCGUCGCCGAUGGGCGUCGGCUCCGACAUCGGCGGGAGUGUGCGUUCUCCCGCGGCUGCGUGUGGCAUCUUCUCCUUUAAGCCGUCGAUCGGCCGCGUUCCAAACUCGGGCGCCGAGACCCUCUCCGCCGCUGCAGGGUACGAGGGUAUCAUCUCUACUCUGGGCCCGAUGGGGCGCAGCGUCGAGGAUCUCGAGCUCAUCAUGCGCAUCAUCGCCGAUGCCAAGCCGUGGGAGUACGACCCAGUGCUGCAAGUCAAGCCCUGGCGUGAGGUCAAGCGGACUGGCAAGCUGCGCGUCGGCGUUCUUCGCGACGACGGAGUUGUCAAGCCCGUGGGUUCGAUCACCCGCGCCCUCGACUAUGCGGUCGAUAAGCUCAAGAAGAACGGCAACUUUGAGAUUGUCGAGUACAAGCCAUACGAGUCUGAGAAGUCGUGGGACAUUAUCACCAAGUUGUACUUCCCCGACGGCGGCAAGCUCGUCUACGACAGCCUGAAGAAAGCCGGAGAGCCGGCUGACCCCAUGACCGACUGGAUUGUCGGGCAAGGCCGCGAGCUCGACCGCGACGAGAUCAUCAACCUCGUCGCCGAGCGCGACAGGUACCGCAAGGCUGUCGCUGCGCACUGGCAGAAGGCGGGAAUUGACUGCCUCAUCUCUCCCGUUGGGCCAACGCCUGCCCCUCAGCCGUUCACGGCCAAGUACUGGAACUACACUAGUUACUGGAACCUCGCCAACUACCCUGCGGGCGUGUUCCCGACUGGCCUGUUUGUGGACAAGAACGACACCAAGGACGACUACAAGCCGCGCAACGAGCAGGAGAAGGAGGUGUACGAGACUUACGACCCAGUCAAGGCCGAGGGUGCGCCACUGUGCCUCCAGGUCGUCGGAUAUAUUGGGCACGAGGAGGACACGCUCGACGCCAUGAAGCAGAUUGUCGACGCCGUUACCAAGUAG